AUGAAUUUUUUCCGAUCAUUACCAAAAAUUGAGCUGCAUGCUCAUCUUAAUGGCUCACUCAGUAACGGCACCCUGGCGGAGCUACGGGAACUCAAGUAUGGCAAAGAGCAGCCCCCCACUGGCGCGGACGAUUGUUUUUACAAGAUUUUAAAUGGCGAAACCCUCUCGCUAGAAGAAUGUUUUCAAAAGUUUCAAUAUGCGCACGAUUUGACUGAUCACCAGAAGGGUCUGGAACGAGCGACCCAGCGGGUUAUCGAAGAUUUCGCUAAAGAUAACGUGAUCUAUCUAGAACUACGGACAACGCCAAAAGCGACCGUUCAAAUGACGAAACGUGAAUACCUUUCAACAGUGCUGGACGUGCUCAAAAAAUCACCCGAAGUUCAACCGGGCAUAGUCGUGAAGCUUCUGCCCUCGAUUGACCGAUCGAAGGGCUUUCUCGAAGCGAUGGAGAACGUUGAUCUCGCGAUCGAAUUGAGUGCGCUUUAUCCGAACCUUAUGGUAGGGUUCGAUUUGAGCGGUAAACCGUUCGGCACAAAGUUCUCGACAUUCGUUCCCGCACUGCAGAAAGCGCGUGAUCAUGGCUUUCCGUUGGCCCUGCACUGCGGUGAGUUCGAUAAUAACGAUGAGGUAAUGGAAAUGUUUGCUCUCGGAGUGGACCGCAUCGGCCACGGAACGUUUAUCGAAGGUGAACUGCUUACUUUCGCGCGCAACAAACUUAUUCCGUUCGAGUGCUGCCUCACAAGUAACGUGAAAUGUAAAACCGUUCCCUCGUACAACGAGCAUCACUUCGUCAAACUGCUCCGAAUGCAACAGCCCGUCUGUAUUUGCACGGACGAUUCCGGUGUGUUCGAAACUAGUCUCUCGCAGGAGCUAGAAAUUUGUGCCAAAACCUUCAACAUAUCUCUGCUCACUAUGGCCAUGCUCCAGAAAAGUACGAUCAAAUAUUCGUUUGCCAGCACCGAGGAGAAAGAGGAGCUAACCAGAAGGAUCGAUCUAUUCAUUGAAAAGAUGUGA